AUGGAAAGUAAGAACAGAAAAAAGAAUGAAAGAAAAAGACGAGUUUUUUAAUUUAAUGCUGAAAUCCUUCUGUUUUUCCCAAUUCCUCUAAUUCGCCUGCCUUCUAUUCAUCCAAAAUGCAGCUCCAGGUCUGUGAAUAGCAGAACAAUUGCAAGUGAAUAAAGGAUGUCUGCCUCAUCAACUUCAAAGGCAAAAGCCAAUUGGAUACCGGCUUUCCACAAAAUUUUUAUUGAUUCAUGUCUAGAACAGACAUUAAAUGGGAACAAACCUGGUACACAUUUUACUAAGGAGGGUUGGAGGAAUAUUGUUGAAUCAUUUUACAAAAAGACUGGCUUGAGGUAUGAUAAAAAACAAAUGAAGAAUCAUUGGGAUAGCACUAAGGAGCAAUGGAAAGUCUGGUGUAAGCUAACUGAUGCUGGUUUUAUGAAAUGGAAUCCAGAAAGAAAUACAUUUGGUGCAAGCGAUGAUGACUGGACCUAUUAUAUACAGGCAAACCCAGAAGUUGCACAAUUUCGGUUUAAGGAACUUCAGCAUGCUGACAAAUUGAAAAUCAUUUUUGAUGGUACAAUAUAUACUGGUGAUACUCAGCAUAAGAGACAGAACAAUUGUUCAACCACUUACCUUUUGCAUAAAAAAGAGCCAUGGAAAGGAAAGCCAGAUGGGCUGGAUGAGUGUUACUCAAGACAUGGGGAGCAACUUGCAAGCGAACAAAGCACAUCAGUUUCAAAGCCAAAAGCCACUUGGAUACCGGGCUUGCAUGAAAUCUUUGUUGAUCUAUGUUUUGAGGAGACAUUAAAGGGAAAUCGACCUGGUACACAUUUUAGUAAGGAGGGGUGGAGGAAUAUUGUUGAAUCAUUCCAAGACAAGACUGGUUUGAGGUAUGAUAGGAUACAACUAAAGAAUCAUUGGGAUUCCACAAAGGAACAAUGGAAGAUUUGGUGUAAGCUGGUUGACACUAGUCAUAUGAAAUGGAACCCAAAUACCAAAUGCUUUGGUGCUAGCGAAGAAGAUUGGGAGAGCUAUAUACAGGUAAACCCAGAAGCUGCACAAUUUCGGUAUAAGGAGCUCCAGAACACUGACAAACUGGAAGUUAUCUUUGAUGGAACAAUGAAUACUGGAGAAACAGAUCCUCCAAUUCAGCGGAGGAGGCUCAACGACAGUUGUGCUUCUUCUCUUUUGCAUAAAAAUGAGCUAGGCACAGGAAAGUGGGAUAGGAGGCAGCAUAGUGGCAGUCCUACUACAUCACUUUCAGAUGCAAAUGAAGGAGGCACAACCAAACUAGAUAGGAAAACUGGGCAUCUUUAUGACAUUGAAUCAAGGAGUGUGACAAUUCAAAGGAAUCUAAUAACCAUUCAGCCUACGCAAGGCAAACAUGAUUAUAGUAUUGGGCAAUGCAUUGAGUAUUUAGAUGCAAUGGAGGAGGUAGAACAAGGUAGUGAUCUUUACUUAUUUGCUUUAGAUUUAUUCCUAAAGAAAGAGUAUAGAGAAAUUUUUCUUGAACUGAAGGAGCCUAGUGUGAGGAUUGCUUGGUUGCAGCGUCUGCAGUCAUUUAGUCCGCCUUUGUAUUAAGAGGAUCUUUUGGUAAUAAAAUUUUUGUAAAGUUGAUGUGGCUCAAAACCUGAUUUUUGACAAUAUUAGAAAAUUUUGUUCUUUCAUUUGUUACUUAAUCCUAUCAAUUAUAGAAGUCUUGGGGAGUUAUUUUC